AACACGUAGUGCAAAGAACAUAGACCUGAGUUUCAUCAGAAUUGUAAAAUUAGAAGCAUUGUUUUCAAUGAAAUUCCAAUGAGCCGAGUAUAGAUUGAAUGAGGAAACUUCUCUUGCUCCUGUGUAUCGUGAUGAAUGGAAGAGCCACAUUGGAAGAACAGCAACGAUUAGCUGCAGAAUUAUUCAAUUUUGUUGGAAACAACAGCAGCACUGGACAUAAGGAACGUCGAGCGAUUUACAGGAAGCAUUAUUAUUUCAUCGAUUUUUGGAAACAUGGGUUCAAGAUGCCGAUUUAUUUCAACACUGUUCGUGACCCAGUUGCCCGCGAAUUUUCCAAAUUUUACUUCGUGAGGGCAAAACAUGUGCUGGAAUACAUUAAUGAUACAUUCAAAAUAGACAUCGAAAUGGAAACUUGGAAACGCAAUAGCAAGAAGGCACUUGGAAAAGCACUGGAAAACAUUGAAAAGUUUUACCCUGUCGUCGGUGUCUUGGAAAAAUGGAACGAAACUUUGACUGUGAUGGAAGAGUUCCCCAAAACGAGGCCGUUCUUCAAAGGAAUCACAGACAUUUACUACAGCAAAGCAAGGAAGGAAGGGAAGGAAGGCAGGAUCAAUUACAACGAUUCGAAUAAACCAAAACAGGGUAUCACUCCGAAAGUUAAAGAAGCGCUGGGGGAAAUGCUCAGUUCUGAGUACACCCUGUACAAGUUCUUGAUGAAACGCCUGAUGAAUCAGUAUGCGGUUGUUACUUUGCUCAAAAAUAUCUCCAGUUCCCAUGAUGCAAGCAGCCGUGGAGAAGCAUACGUUUUUGAUGAUGAAUGAUUCACCCCUUUUUUGUGGAAACAUUUUUGUGACCAGAAAGUCUGGAUUUUGAGCAUAAAUUUACCUAUGGUGGAUUUGAACUGAUUUUGACACAUUACUCUUCUUUUCAUGGGUGAUUUGAUGUCCUGAAUCAGGAUGACAUGACCAUUCAUGUUGAGCACUUUUUUCUUGAAUAUGAAUACAAAUAUUAUGCUGUGAAGAA